GCUUUCCCCCAUUGCUGGUGGUUAGAUCGUGUAUGAGGUUUUUGACAUUAUUUUCCUAGAACAGAAAGAUUACAUAACAGGGCUGGCAGCCUAUAAAAAUUUCCUCACUCAACAUGGGCAGGAAACAGGUUAGCUUUCUUAGAAGACAGUCAAAGGUUGGAGCCACGCAGAGAAAAAAAUCUGGGGAUAAAUGACUUCUCUGGGAAGUAGCUGCUAAACCUCUACCUGAAACAUCAGCUUGCACAGCGGAGUUGCUAACACUCUUCUCCGAUAGUAUUUCCAGUAUCUGGAUCUGCUUGGAUCAUGAGGAAGGCGAUGUAUUCCUGGGGAACCUUCACAGGAAGAGACAAGUGGGAGAAAGGGGCAGGUGAAAAUGCAAGGAUGCUUCCCAAGGCUGGGCAUGAGGAAAGAACGAAGCAGGAAACAAAGAGGAGAAGAAAACUAAAAACCGUGGCAGGCAAAUUACUAAAGGCUGUGGCUAGUGGGAAAGAGGCAGCAGCAAAGAAGGCUGAAAGUGAAAAUGUGGCUGAGAAUUUGCUGAAGAUGGGAACAAAUAGGAAGGAACCGGAGGGAGAGACGCCUGCAGAAGAAACCGUCUGUGAAUUCAUUGAGCAAGGAAAAUUUUUUCAAGCUUGUAAUUGUAUUUCUGAUCUGGAGCAUUCUGGAAGCGAUGCUGUGGGAAAGUCUGAGUCACUUUAUAUGCUGCUGGCCGAACGAAUGUGGGCUGUGGUGGGAGAAGCACUCCGUGGAAGUGACCGAAUGCUCCUGGAGCCACUGCAGUCGGUGGGAAAAUCGCUGGAGUGGGAGAAGCAGAAGGAAGAGGAGUGGCUUGGCCGUGACCAGGAGAUGGAGUCCGUUUCCACCUGGCACCCAAACUUCUGGAAGAAAGAUCUGGAGGAGAAACUGAUGCAGUACAUGGCAGCCCAGAUUCCCCACUUUGUUCCCACGAGUAACACCGACGAGGCUGCACUAAAACAGCACCUGAGUCAGUUGGAAGCAACAUUUCUUACCAGCCUGGAACACAAAAGUGGUUUCUUCAAGGAAGCAGGACUGCUUGUCAGCUAUGCCCAGUGCUGCCAUGCCUCUCUGUCCUCUCACCUCUCCACCCUUACUGACAAUAAGCACUGUACCUUCAGCCAGUGUCUUUUAGUUUAUGAAUGGUGCCUUAACAUGUUCAAAAGCGGCAGUGGGACGUGCCUGAGACCCAGGCAGACCGUCCAGCACAGCCUUGCCCUUGAUGUACAGAGUCUCGUGUGGAUUAUUUUGAAGACAGAGGAAAAGUUACUUGCAGUCACCCGGAAGGAAGUAGGGAAAGCCCUGGAAGAAGCUUUCAACAUUGGGAAAACCCCUUGUGCAGAUGCUGCGGUCAUUCAGAUAUUCAAACAGAAGAUAGAGGCUGCCCAGAACAUCAGCGAGAGCCUAAGUGAGAAGGUGGAAGCUGUGUGCCUGGAGGAGUGCCUGAGCUUCCUGCAGAGCUAUGAAAAUGAAGUAAGAAACUUUCUCCAGAUUGAUGUCUGCCCUGGGAUCUCCAGCAGCUUACGGAUCCUCGAGAACUGCUGCAUUCUCAGAACUGCCUGGUGCAAGCUAACUUACAUUUGCAGUGCCAGCACUGGUCAGGAUGCCAAGGUAAAAGCAUUUCUAUACAGGAUGGAAGAUGAGAUUACAGAGCAUUUUCUGCAGACAGUCACUUCUAAAGUCAAGGAAACACUGAAGGAUCACUUCAAAAAAUGUGACAGUGGUUUCAACCACAUCCUUGAAUCCUUAAAGCAAAGCUUUUUGGCAUUUGGGAAGAAAAAAACAGACAUAUAUGAGGCCCUUGUCAAGUCUGUGAACAUCAUCAUUAUUACAGAAUAUGUGCAAGCCCUCCUGACCACUUCCAGGAAACCAUCUUCUGUGCAGAGGAAGAGGAUUGUCAGCAAGAUAGAAGAAGAUCACAGGACGCUGCAAACCAUUUUUAAAGAGUGCUUAGGUCCCGCAGCUGGUGCCCUCAAGGAUCCCAUAAAAGCAAUUUUAGAACUUAUUCAAACUUCUGAUGCUGAGGGCAUGAAAAUAGCCCUCCUGCCCAUUCUCCAAGAAUUUCCUGACCUAAGGGAAGAACAUCUGAGUGCCGUCUUGGAUAUCAAAGACUCGCUCAGCCGAGAAGACAGAGCUGCUCUCUUGAAGGCAUUUCAUGAUAAUUGUGGGGAAACAGAAACAGAAGCAACCUUGCUUUUUGCAGAUAUAGAAGUAAAACCUAGAAAAUAUGGACUCUGUGGCUGCUUCUGUUGUUAACAAAGGCCCCCUGUGAGAAACACGAGGUUCUCCCUCCCAUGUGGCAGCAUCUGCAAUCACAGCUCCUUGAAAGCCUUGGGGACUUGUGCAGCCGGAUGCACGAAGAUGCCUGGCAGCUAUGGAAGACAGAAUUCCUGCACUCCUGCAGGAAAACCACACAGCCCAAAUCCUACUGUUCUAUGCAAAGUCCAGAAGGUGAUUGGGGUGUAGCAGAAAGACAUUCCUUCAAAAUUGCCUAGAAAUUGCUGCUUAGCCAAGUCCUGGUGGUUAUUCCAGGCUGUGGCACCAUGGUGUGCAGAGGAGAAAAGUUCCCCUCUGCCAAAUUUUCAUUUUCCCUCCCUUGUUUCACACAGACUCAAACGUAAUGAGGGACUGCUGCACCAUGCAGUGUCCUAGCAGGUUACGUGGCAUUGCAACCUGCCUCCGUGACCCAGGACCGUCUGUCAGGAUGUCCUGCCUAGCCUACGGGAGCACAGAACAGCCGUGGACAUAGGGCAGGCUGGGGCUGUGGGCUUGGGCACGUGGAUCCUGCACCUGUAAGCCUGAGGGGGCUGCCCCCUUCCCUCACUCCAGACAUAUGAAGGCUGCAAUCUGCUUUAGGGGCAGAUAGCCUGGGGGAAAUGCAGCCUUUCCCGGCUUACACCAAGGCUGCAAGCCCCAAGAGUAGGAGGAGACAGCACUUGGUCUUGCAUUGUUUCUUGUUGGGCUGUAGGUUGUGUGCAGCCUGCCAUGGCUCAUGGCAGCCUCCCUGCUGUGCUGGCUGUGGGAUGGGGAGCUCAUCUCCUAUGAGUUUCACAGCUGGCUCUGGAGCAGAGUUUUGCAUUCAUUUUUAUACCUCAGUUUCUGGAAAUUUCCUCUAGCCGUGGAAAGCAGCUCCUUUGGGGAGGGAGUAGAAAGCUUCAUGGGAAGUGGGCAGUGAAAGGAGUUGUUUGUCCCAGCCUCUGGGCAAGGUCUGUGCUGUUUUGAGAUGUAAAUAGGCAGUUCCUCUGGGGAAAACACUAAGUUUUCUUUCUAGUUAUCUAUGGGCUGGCCACAACCUCUGAGCUGGAUUUGGUUCAAGGCCCUCCUUUGCUAUUGUGUUAAUUUAGGUCAUUACUGUCCUGCUCUUCUCUGGCCAUGUAAACAAGAGAAAAAGCUCUGCUACCUCAGAUGUGCUGGUGCUUUUCUGAGCAGCUAUUCCUGUUCAGAUAUGUUUUCUCCCCCUC